ACGUUGUUUACGCAGUUAUCUUCAUAAUGGCGACCGUGCUGGAGAUGUGCUUAUGCUUAUGAAAAUGAAGCGAAGAAGAAGUUAUUUCUCAUAAGAAAACGCCGGGGUUCCUCAAAGGAGGACUUUGCGUCGAAGACAGCGUCUUUCCCAGUGUUUGAAUUACAGUUUUGGUCCAUUGGUACCCGAAAUGAUGAAGCUCAAGUCAAACCAAACCCGGACAUACGAUGGGGAUGGCUACAAGAAGCGGGCCGCCUGUCUAUGCUUCAGGAGUGAAAGUGAAGAGGAGGUCCUGUUGGUGAGUAGUAGUCGUCAUCCAGACAAGUGGAUUGUCCCUGGUGGGGGGAUGGAGCCAGAAGAGGAGCCCAAUGUAGCAGCAGCACGAGAAGUCUGUGAAGAGGCAGGUGUGAAGGGGACUUUAGGUCGCCUAGUUGGAAUAUUUGAGAACCGAGAGAGGAAACACAGAACCUACGUCUACAUUCUUAUCGUAACUGAGGUCCUGGAGGAUUGGGAGGACUCAGUGAACAUUGGGAGAAAAAGGGAUUGGUUUAAAAUAGACGAUGCAAUACAAGUGUUGCAGUGUCACAAGCCUGUGCAGGCCACAUACUUCGAGCCUCUCAAGGAUGGUUGCCUGACCAGCAACGGGACGCCCCUGGUGGCCACGAUAGGCGGAGACCUCUCCCCCACCUACAACAUCAGCCAGAGCUCCGUGUCGGGUAUCAGAUAACUAAAACACAACCCCAGGAGCUCUUGCCACCACUCUCCCUCUUACUACUUUUUUUUUUUGUCUCAACAUAACAUGGUUUGCCUUGCCAACUCAUUUGUGCCAGAAUUGUGGUGCAGACUUGACAAGGGUUGAGUGAAGAUUCUGAAACAAUUUGGAAAUGUAAUUUUUGACCCCUUGUUCGUUUCGUUUUAAUGAAAAUUUCAUGAAGCAUCCCUCACUCCCUCAUUCUCAUACCUUGAACACACCCUUAGUGUGGUGUUUAUUGAAUGCAAGAACUACUUUUUACUGUUGUGAUGUAAAAGUGUAUACUUAGUGCUUAAGCGCAAUGCUUUCAGUGGUCUUUUUAAUGUCUCCUCUUUUGGUUAUUGUCUGUGUAUGAUUGUGCCCAAGAGCGUGUUUUCCCUCUGUUAAGGAUAGGAAAUGUUCUGUGCAUCUGAAUAGACAGUUGUAGGAAGUGACUUGUUUUACAUGAGCGCUGGCUAUGUUUUGCACAUUGGGGUCACCUGAUACAGAUUGUGCAGCAGGUAGUCUUUGGUGUUAACUAAGUUCUUUUGAAUUCUCAUUUAGCUCCGCAUUGUGGUUCUUUGUAUUAAUAUCUUGCAGGUUUCAUCAGAAAGACGAGGCCCUUUUCCCCAUUUGACCCGAUUCGUCAAGUAGCCUAUACAUCUUCCCUUAGUCUGGAAGCUAGCUAGCCAUUUCAAUAUUCACUUUUAGGCAGAAAAAAAUAUAUAGAAAGAAUGUCUACACAACUAAAUAUGUAGCACAGUCCCCAUUUUGGUGAGUCAGCAUUGAGAGUUUACCCUGGUGUUUUACCCAAUAGACUGAGACCCUUUCUUUCUCCAGUGUCUUUACCUACUUAACGGUCUAGUAGUCUGUUAGUAAUGGUUCACUACAGACACCGAAACAGUAAGCAGACCCCGCCGACCAAAAUGUAAUAGUUUAUAAUUUAUAAUGGCAUGGUGUGAACAACUGCAGUCUCCCUCCAUUUAUUUUGUGCCAUCCAUGGACUGACAAUUGCCUUCACCCAACACACACCACCUUUUUAUCCAAUUUUCAGAUUUUCACCCCUUACUUUAACCUCUGUUUUAUAUCAGAUGUUUACAUUGCGUUCAUAACAUUUUAUUUUUCACUUAAACAAGCACUAGAAGCCGUAUAUUUGAAUAACGUAGAUUGUUUUGGGGGGGGUCAGUAAAAAAUGUUUAACCCUUUUUAGUAUUGAAUCUGCAUCCCCAAAACAAACACCUGCUUGAUAUUGAAAGUAAUUUAAUCUAAAAUACUGUCUUUGGCUAGAUGCAGAACAAACAAACAAGCCUUGUACAGUUUGAGACCUUGUUUUUAACAUGUAAAAAUGCUUUGAAUACUAUUAUUUUUUUCUUAAACGUCUAGCAAAUCUCUAGCCAACCUGCUAUACUUGCCUUAGAUGUGGCAUGGAGCAGCUGGCUCAAUACUGUGAAACUGGAGGCCCUGUAGAUAGCAUGUAAGAUGUUUUUAUUGUAAAUUGUUUAUUUCUGUAUAGAUCAAAGGUGAGUACAAAUGACAAAACAGUUUCUCUGAUGCAUUUGUGAGGGCUAUAUUUUGCUCAGCCAUGGCUGUAGUUGACUCGAUCCCUAAACAAAGGGUGGCGUUGGCUUUGUAAGGUUUGUUGACGAGUUGCUUUGAUACACAGUACAUGUUAAGGCUGAAGAACAAGUAAAUGUUGCUAGCUGUCUUGGGGGAGUGAAGACCCCAUUUAUCAUGAAUGAUAUAAGCAGCAGAGAUGCCUCAGAUGUUCUACAAAGACCAGAGGCUGAGGUGUAAUAAAGUGAAGUCCAUCAUAGUUGAAUUGUUAACAUACAAAAUUGAGGGUUUCCACUGGGCUGAAUGCUGUUUCCAGACCACUACCAUAGAGCUUUUGUCAUUAUCCUAGUCUUCUGACAGAACCAACUCUUAUAUGUAUUAUCUCUUCUGCCCUGUCAUUGUUGCAGUAGCUCAUCAUUCGCCCUCCAAAAUGAACACUAUAUACUCAGUGGUCAGUUUAUUAGGUACACCACCCCAGGGUAGCCUAGUGGUUAGAGCAUGGUAGCCUAGUGGUUAGAGCGUUGGACUCGUAACCGGAAGGUUGCGAGUUCAAACCCCCGAGCUGACAAGGUACAAAUCUGUCGUUCUGCCCCUGAACAGGCAGUUAACCCACUGUUCCCAGGCCGUCAUUGAAAAUAAGAAUUUGUUCUUAACUGACUUGCCUGGUUUAAAUAAAGGUAAAAAAAAAAAAAAUCCUGAAAAUAGUUUGCUCCUCCAGUGUCACGUGGCUUGCUAUUGUUAUAAAAAGGAAGCAUCCAGGUACCAGAUGGGCUAAUGCGGCAGAUGACCACACCGGGUUCCACUCCUAUCAGAUAAAAACAAGCGUCUCCAGUGUGCACGCAAUCACCAACAUCACCUGGUCAAAUGAAUCCCGGUUCCUGUUGAGUCAUGCUAAUGGCAGUCAGGAUUUUACAUAAGCAGCAUGGGGCAAUGGUGUAGGGGAUGUUUUCCUGGCACACGUGAGGUCCCUUGGUACCAAUUGAGCAAUGUUUCCAUGCACUGAAGAAUUCAGGUUCUGGAGGCAAUGGGGGUCCGACCCGGUACUAGAUUGGUGCACCUAAUAACUGGCCACCGAGUGUAUGUUAUCCCAGACUCAAGGUCUAUUCUAUAAUGUAAGGGUUGAACUAAAUUGGUGAGUGGAUUACUGAUAUCAAUAGAAAUUUUACUUUGAACCAUUUAUUGCUUUUUUAUAAACUAGGUGGUUCAAGCCCUGAAUGCAGAUUAGCUGACAGCUGUGUUAUACCAGAUUUUAUUCCACAGGUACAUCAAAACAUUUUUAACUGCUCUAAUUACAUUGGUGACCAGUUUAUAAUCGCAACAAGGUAACUCGCGGUUUGUGAUAUAUGGCCAAUAUACUAUGGCUAAAAGCUGUGUCCAGUCACUCCGUGUUGUGUCAUGCGUUUUAAGAACAGCCCUUAGCCGUGGUAUAUUGGCCAUAUACCACACCCCCUCUGGCCUUAUUGCUUCAUUAAACGAGCUGCAUCGAAAGGUGUGGGGGGGCUAAGUCUUGGAACUGUCUAGUGGAAACCAAUUUUUCCAAUACCACCGUAGCCCCACAGAGCAGAAUAGAUUCAGGCCUAUUAUUGAAUUUUGUGGUCAGCCUCCCUUAAAGUCCAUUUUCUUUAUAUGAUAACGAGCUAUCAAUCAAAUUAGAGAUGGAAUUGGAAAAUCUCUGAUAAAGUGAAGGGGUUCUAUUCAAAAUGGGCACAAGCAAGGGCAAUGAAUGUGGAUAUCCAUAUGUAACAGCCGAUGAAUGACCACUUGUUCUUUAACCUGUUUGAACUUUUGCUGAUUUUCUUGUGUUCAUGACAAGAUAUCUUGUACAUACUAGCUAAAGCAGCACUUAUAGCUAGAUACAUUUACUGACUAAAACAUAAGGUUUAUUUUUCCCCUUUCCUUCCAUCUCAUACAUAGUUCUGUUAAUAUAAUGAAAGUUGGGUUUAAUAUUUCUCAUUAGGAAAAGGGUAAGUACUGUAUAAAUAUACCCUGCUUGAGUCCUUUAAGAAAUGCAUUUCUCUCUUCCUUAGGAUGAUUUCACACAGCACGCAGUGAAAACCGGAAGGAGUGGAUGUAGGCAUUUUAAAAGGCUCAAAUGCAGCCUCUGCUCAUAGGCCUCCUUGGUCCUUCACCGGAGUGAUGUAAAAACCUGCCUAUAUCUCACCACCUAGUGGUCAGGCAGUAUUCUGCAACGCAUGUGAAACAGUUUUGCCUCAGUCAGGGAAUGUCCACUUGAGGAUUCUUGCAUUCUCAGCAGUAUUUGGAUAGUGACUACUCUUAACAGCUUGAUUAUUUUUCUAUUGGACCAUUCUGUAGGAGGGGUAAUACGCCCUUGCUAUAUACAAAUUGAUAAAGCAAAAUCACAAUCAGAUGGGAUUCAGUGAAGAAAGCUAUUUGGGCUACCUAAAAUGUAAGAGUGUGCAUUUCCCUAAGUGAAAGCCCUUGACCUACCCUACAUAUUUGUAGUAAUUGUUUUCUCCAAAGUGUACAUCACUGGAAUAUUUACUAUUGUCAUUUGGGACUGUGAAAAACCAGUGAGAAGACUGAAGAUUGUAAUAUAAAUGUGCCAACAAAUAAACACCAGUAUUUCAGA